ACACCCUCAGUCUGUAUAAAAGUGUCAUCGGUCGCGGUCACGGUCGCGCUUUGUGUUUUCACAAGAGUUGCUGCUGGGGAAAAGGAACAAAAGAUUAAUUAUCAUAAUUUAAAAAUACUCGAGUUAAUUAUUGCUUACACUCAGAUAAAUAUACAAAGCACGAGUUAAGUACUAUGUUAGUUAAGUUAAAUAUUUCGAAGUGUCCACGCUUGCAUGCAUCAUAUUGUGUUUUAUAUUAUAUUUCAAAUCUCUUCGUUGUAUUUUUCAAAUCCGUUUUCGAUACUUCGGAUACACUUCUGCUUUUAUGCUACACAUUCUUGAACAAAAUCACGAUUUUAACUAAAGGGAGAUUAUUUUUUAUUUUUUAUACAAGCGGGGAAAGUAAUUUAUUGCGUAAUAAAUGGUAUUGAGUUUAUAAUAAAAUAAGUAUCGAAAAAAGUGUUAUUAUAUUUGAGCAAACAUAGGCGGUUGACGUAUGAUAAAUUUAAUUGUCUUUGUGGGAGAGAGCGUACGCACAUAUGUGGCCCUUAAGUACCGAGUAGAGAAGGAUUAAUGAAGAGCGUUAUACGCACAAACAGAUACAUCAUGUAAUUCAAGUAAAUAUUACUUGUUUCGAGUAUGUUUAUAUAUCCGCGAAUCUUAAGUUUAUUAUUAUUAAGCAUCAAACUUACUUAAAGUACAUUUUGAAACUUAGUGAGUUUAACAUUUUAAUCAAGAAUAUUAAAUUAAUAUCAAAAUUUGAUUUGUUUGCUACAUACUUCUAUAAGCUACAUAAAUUCGAACCAACUUUUUCAUCGAUAUAACUGAUAUCGACGUGACGUUCUCGUGCAGAGAUUAAAGAGAAGAAUUUAAUUACUAUAAUUCAUAACAUUAUAAUUCAUAUCAUUAUUAUAAUUCAUAUCAUAUAAUAAAUAUUAUAAUAAUGAAGCUUAUGAUAUGUGAAAUUCCUAAAAAAAUAAUAGCUACCUAAUAACUUUUUUAAAGUUUGCGAUGAAUAUAUUAUAAUGCUAUUAUCAAAAGAAUAUGUUUUGUUGAAGAUUAACCGUUACUUAAGGAGAAAAGAUCCAGACAGCACGAGCUCUAAAAAUAACGCAUAAGAUGACAUUAAGAUAUCUUUUUGUUAUGAUACUUUUAAAAGAUGUAUCAUAAAGAUGACUAAAAGUCAUGAUCAUACUGUCUGGAAAAUAAACUGGAUAAUCAUUUUUCUUAACAGUAGAGUUAUAUUUUGUUGUGUACGGUUCAUAGGAACGACAUCAUUUAAUGGGACAAUUUAACAAGCAACGUGACACAAGACGCAAGAGCAGGCAUUAAAUUAGCCGUCUACCAUACAGAAUCGUGUUUAUAAGCAACGGCGGACCGGUGAUCAGGAUGUGCUCGCCUCUCGAAUACUGCACUUGCUUCACCAAUUGCUUGCCCAAUUGCUUGCCCAAUUGCUUGCCCACUUGUUGGCCAUGUUGCUGUUUUGGAAAAUGUUUUGGUGGCUAUUUCAACAUACAUUUGCGAUUCCUCAAAUCAGCGCCGGGAGUUAUGAAAAUUUGCGAAACGUUAAUCAGUGCAUUGAUUCUGGGAUUGAUGAUCAUGUAUGGCCUGUAUUAUAGUUCAACUAUAGGCUUGGCGUUUGAGGGAUCAUUAAUCACGACAUCAGCCUGUUUCCUGACUUCCGCUCUGUUGCUUGUUUGUUAUGUAACUUCUGAGAAGGCUUUUCGUGCGAUUCGUUUUACACAUUUCGAGAUUAUGUUCAAUUUUGUAGCUUGUUCGCUAUAUUUAAGUUCAGCAUACUUCUUGGCCACUGCUACAAAAGUAGUUCUAGUGACGACGAUACGAGUCAACUUGAACAUGUAUCAUGCCAUGACAAUAGCUUAUAUUCUGACUGCUAUCGUUGGGCUGAUACACGGAAUAGAUGUGUAUAUGUGCUAUCGGUUUUACAAAACUGGGAAAUAAAUCACAGUAAUAUAGAGAUGAUUGUUAAUAUAAUAAUUGUAUCAUAUUAAUUGUAUCAUAGGAAGUGAUAAUUUUAUAAAUGUCUACACGUAAAAUUUACGUUUUAACAGACAUAUUUUAGGAUAUAACAAAGUGUGAACAUGAACGAGACGUUCACAAAUUUUUUCCAUUAACGAUAUAGCUAAGUUACUACGAUAAUUUUAAUGAUACGUGGCAAUAAGGAACUUUCCGUUUACGUCAAUGAGGCUGGGAGGAAACAUAAGGCGAUAAGGAAUCAGGAUACGUGACGAUACGUACGACAUUGUGGAACUUUCCAGCUAUAUUGAACUACUGUAAAAUUCAUAGUAAAAAUGUUAACUAUUAAAUAUUAUUUUGGCUAAUUUUUGUCAUUGUGAUGCAUAAUUCAUUAGUUAGUUUCUAUGAUAAUCUUGCUGAACACAAGAAAGUGCCUUAUUAAAUACACGCGUAAAUAUUUUAAUUGAAAAUAAAAAAAGAAUGAUCCACAUAUAUUUAUAUAAUAUUAAAUAGACUCGCAACAAAA